AUGCCACCACGAAAAAGCGACGUCGUGAAGCCCGUCACCGGUGACGAAGCCACACCCGCGAAAGAGACAACCGUAGUUCGAGAGGGAACUAGUAUCGAGGAUCUUAAUCUUCCGAAAAGUAUUGUGACGAGGUUGGCGAAGGGGGUUUUGCCACCGAAUACUCAGAUUCAGGGAAAUGCGAUGUUGGCGAUGAGUAAGAGCGCGACGGUUUUUGUCAAUUAUUUGGCUACGCACGCAAAUGAGAACGCACACAAUCGAAGCGUUAAAACGAUAGCGCCGCAGGAUGUAUUCAAGGCAUUGGAUGAUUUAGAAUUUCCAGAUUUUAAACCGAGGUUGGAGGCGGAGCUUGCAAAAUUCCUUGAAACGCAGAGUGAUAAGAGAAACACAUAUAGAAAGAAAGUCGCAGCAGAUAAAGUAGCUGGGAGUCAAGCGGGAGGGGAAAAUGGAGAAGGCGAUUCGGAAAUGUUGGAUCGAGAAGGAGAUGGGGAACCGAAGGCCAAGAAGGCCAGGAGAGAUGAAGGCAGUGGGGGUAGUGGAGAGACACAGGAGGAACAUGAUGAAGAGAUGGAUGCGGAAGAAGAUAAUGAAGAGCAUGAUGAAGAAGAGGAGGGAGAGGAAGCCGAGGAUGAAGGGGAAGGGGAGGGUGAAGUAAGGGACGAUGAUGAUGGGGAAGAGAGGUUUGAGGUUGAGGAGCCGGAAGAAAGGGAAGCAGAGGAUGAAGCGCUGGAUAAUGGAGAGGAUAGCGAUUGA